UUAUCCUUCUCAUUCUCAUUCUAAACUGCACACACACGCUUUCGAUCCGAAUUUACAGUUGGAGAGGAAAGCCGGUAGCAUCAUCUUUACCAUCUGAGCUAGUUUAGAAAAAGAAGUAGUUUUCAAUCAUUCUUUGAUUCAAAAUAAAAACAUGGCUGAUGUACCUUACGCUUUCCUAAGAAAAUUAAAAAUAAAAAAUACUGUAGUGCGCGAAUUUUUAGGAGAAUUUUUAGGAACGUUUAUUUUGAUCAUCUUUGGGGAUGCGGCUUUUGCUCAAACCAUUCUAGAGGGUCGUCGAGUGGACGAUGUGUUUGCUGUCGUGUGGGCUUGGGGAGUGGCUGUUAUGUUGGGUGUGGCAACAUGUGGUAACGUAACAGGUGGACACAUAAACCCAGCAGUAACGGUGGCGUUUGCAACGUUAGGGAAAUUUCCGUGGAGGAAAGUGGGUCAUUACCUUCUCGCACAGCAUUUAGGAGCUUUUGCCGCUUCAGCAGUACUUUUCGCAACAUACAAAGAUAUGCUGGACCACUUUGAUCCAAAUCGUACUGUGACUGGCCCAACAGCCACUGCACUCAUCUGGGCGACCUAUCCAAAACCUCAAGUCUCUCUUCUCACCUGCUUACUUGAUCAAGUAGUAGGUACCGGACUGCUGAUGUUCACCGCAUUGGCUUGCAUUGAUGAGAAGAAUCUCAAUUUGCCGAAGUGGAUGCACCCCAUGAUGCUUGGAUUCAUGAUAUCUGCACUUGCCAUGUGUUUCGGGGCAAAUUGUAUGGCACCUCUGAAUCCUGCAAGAGACUUCGCCACCAGAUGUUUCACAGCAGUUGCUGGAUACGGAGCUGAAGUUUUCACUUAUCGCCAUUAUUGGUGGGUAGGAUUAGUUGGACCUCACCUUGGAGCCAUUGUUGGGGGAUGGCUGUACUACUUAGGAGUGGAAUUGCAUUGGCCAUCCACAAAAGAUGAUGACAAACUAGUCGAAAGACACGAGCUUACUGUCGCUCUUAACAGUGCAAAUGACCGAAAAUCUGCUAUUUAAGAAGUGACUAUGUAGAAUAAAAACUUAACAUGAACUGCACAUUCAAGACUAAAUCAUCAUUCUACAUGAUUUGAAGCAUUAUAUUAACGAUUCGAACAUGAAGUGGUGGACAUGUUGACAACAGUGCAGUGCUGUGCUAUAGUACUUAAAUUAUAUUAAUAUAAAUGUUUUGAACAUUUAGUACAUAUUUGCUAUAUAAAUGCAAGUUAUUUAAAGCAAUAUUGAAAGAUACUUUUUUUACGAUGCAACAAUUUCAACUUUCAUUUUGUUAUUACAAAACAUUAUCUACUGCAUCAUGUUACUUUCAUUCAAAUUAUUAUUUACAUAAUAUACGUUUUCUAAUCCUUAAUUAUAAUUUUAAAAUCCACAUCAAAAAGGAAAAUAUUAGGGGUCAGAAAUCAAUAUUUAAAAUAAAACUACUAAAAUUAGACAAAUUCUCAUUGGCGAUCGAAAUGGGCUACAGGUGGUGUAGAGCAAAACUUCCUACCUAUGGCAACAGUUUGCCAUUUGCGUCGGGAGAGUCAUAGGAGAAGGAAGUACGUUAGUUUCUUUCUUGAUAUUCAAAUAGAUUAAAAACUCUUAAGUUAGGAAACUAGAUGGAAAUAAAAACAAAAUUGAACAUAGUUUAAAAAGAAUAUAAUUGUUAAAUACAAAAACAUAUAACUCAGAAGAGGGGAGAGCAAAGGAGUGAGGGUCAAGGCAUGGAAUCAGUCAACUCCCCAGAUGGCAUAUUCGAGAUCGAAUCGCAUUCGAAUUAAGAAAGGUAGAACAUUAAAACCUUUUUAUUCUACUAGAACAAGUUAACAGGACAAUAAAAGGUGCUUAUUAGAAUCUCCUUUAAGUUUGCAACUAGAAUUUGAUGUUCUAACACUUACCCUCUUCAAUAGUGGUUUUCCUAUUUUAAAUAUUAAUUUGCAAUCCCUAAUGUAGAAGACACGUUUUGAUGUGGAUUCUAUAAGUAAGCUGCCAUUACAAAUCAUCCUGCAAUAUUUUUAAUGUAUCGGCAUUUUUCAAGUAGUCUGAUAUUACAGCAAGAAUUUUACAAAAACACUGAAUCAUGAGUUGUAGUCAUGUCUGUUUAAAAUUGAGUCUCUAUUGAUCUAAAUAGUGAAUCAUAAUCAGAAAGAUUCAUACUAUGCGGUUUUGAGAGUUUCUCCAGACUAAAAGUCUGAUGCUGUGGUAACAAGUGAAGGGGCAAUGGAAGAAUGAAGGGGCUGGUUUACUCAGGCUGACUUAUUUGAAGAUUAUGACACGACUAUUAACCUCACACCCUUAUAGGAGGUCAUUUUUCCUCGUUACUAUAAUACCCGCCACGAAGCGAGACUGAUAUCUGGAGUUCUCCAGAAAGCCACACAAUACUUCAAAGACAUUGCAGUUGUGUUUUACCAUGCUUUAGAACAAGUUUUUUUGUAUUUUCUAAAAAAAAGAAUUUAAACUGAAUUUACCAUAUCGAUAACUGUGGUCUACAGAGAUGAUGACUAGAAUUUUAAAAUGCAGAAUUCAAAUAAACGUGCGUUUUAUGUCUCAGAACUACGGUAGAGAAAAUUUAAAUCUGAGUAUAGAGAUCCAAAACAAGAAA